AUGCCUCGACGUAACCGCCAGAAGACUCGUCAGGGCCCUCACCGCGGCAACGCUGAGGCCGCAGCUGCUCCGAGCUCCGCCGAACCAUCUCGCAAGAGGUCUUGGGCAGACUCUCAGCAUGACAGCGCCACUGCCCAAGCUGCCUCGAGCUCCGUCGAACGGCCUCCCAAGAGGUCUCGGGCAGAUCUGGACUCUCAGCAUGACAGUGCCAUUGCCAAAGCUGCCCCGAGCUCCUCCAACCGGCCUCGCAGGAAGCGUAGGGGUCACCGCCGGAAAUCCAAGCCCACCCAAAAAGAUGCAGCAACCACGUCGUGCAGUGCUGCCGUUGAAGCCUGUUCACCCCAAGGGGAUUCUGCGGCCGCGCCACGUGACGCUGCACCAGGAGGCGCGCUCGGCGCCAAGACCACCUCGUCCCAAGUGCGGCCCGUCCAUGGCCCUUCUGCCAACCAAAAACUUCGCGAUCGGAUCCGACAGCGGGAGGGUUUGAAACGUCUCUACACUUUGCAUUGCAGAAUCCUGGACCCCUACGAUCCCACCACAAUCGGGUCGUCUGAAGCCAUCUUGGCUAAGCUCAACUCCAUCACGUUUGGAAGGCGUCCCAGGAAGGGAGCGCUCGGUACCUUUGACGCGGCUGUUAUUGACGGGAGCUUGCUGUUCCUCAAUUUACGUGGAACCUUGCGUCCGCAUAUCAAGCAAUCACUGGUAGCUGCUGUUUCUGCUGCCCUCGGGCUUCGGCUCAGGCUUUGCGAGGAAAAAUACAUGCUUCGCCUGAAGUGGUUGCUACCGUGUCGUGCACUGCGUUAUGGAAGCUUGGAAGCCCUCGAAAAAAUCCGCAAGGAGAAUGGUGUCGUUGUGUCCCAAGUCGCUCAGCGCUUCUCAACCUGGUACGCAACAUUCACAGACCUAGACCAGGCUCUAGAAGCCCUGGCAAAGAAUAAAUUUUGGAUUGGCGGUCAACUCUCCACUGUCUGUCCCAUUCUGGAGGAUUCUGUCCCCAUAUUCUGCUACAACUGCAAUGCACCUGGUCACAUGCAUGCCCAAUGUUCCUCUAAACUAAAGCGGUGCGGAAAAUGCUCUGCUGUUGGUCAGCAUGACACGAAGCAUUGUCAUGUGACGGUGAGAUCCGAAAUGCGUUGCCCUAAUUGCGGACUAAAAGGCCAUGCUGCUUUCGACACCAACUGCGAAUACCCAGCAUCCAAGGCCGAAUGGAAGCGAGCAUCCAUCGCCAAGAAAACGUUGCCGGCCUGGGCUGCUGCAUUUCUGUCGGCACAAGCCAUCUCCACGGGCGUCAAGCACAACCCAUGGGAGGGGAUGAUCUAUACUCAAAAGCCAGACGAGAUAGCCAGGCUUCCAAAACGACGGAGACAGGCAAAGGCGGCAUCGCAAGCCACGGAAGCCAGUGGCGAAGAAGCCGAGGAUGGCGAUUGCGAAUCAAUGGACGACGAUGAAUUGGAAUCCGACGAAUCUCCCAAGAAGCGAGGCCCAGGGCGACCCAAGAAUCCGCCCAAGCUUGACGCGAGUCAGACUUCCCUUGACGGUUUUUGCAAACCACGCAAUAGCCAGGCAUAA